CUCACUAUGGCCGGAUGCGCGUUUCUGGCGAUGUCCUAACUGGGCCACCGUAGGACGCGUGAUCUGACGUCCUGCAGAUGGAGGCGCGCAUGAAGCGCAGGAGAAGCUGCGCUCGGCUGAUAUAACGCAGCACUGCUCGGCGCUCCGAGGGUUUCAUGGCCUGAAGCGUCGCUGCGGUUAUCUCUUGUGGAUGUCUGCGAAGGCGCUGUCGCGUCAUGUGGCGGCACUGCGUCUGUGCGCCCGCUCGCCAAGCAGAGUUGUGUGUAAAGCACAGCACAUCUGCUCACGCUUGGAGAAUGGAGAACAGGCGAAGGAAGAGGAGACUGACACAGUCCAGCAGCCACCAAAAGCAGCAGCUUCGAGACGGUACACGUUGGCGUACAACCCUUCAGCUUACUACCAAAAGGGUGUACAGCAUUCUGCCAGUUUGGGCGGCUCAGAGACGGAGGAGGAGGCCUCUCAACCUGUCCUAAACGCGGCGUUCAGACAGCAGAGUAACCCGUAUACUGUCAGCUCCUCACGCCACUUGUCCAGUGCCAAGAAUGCCCUGCUUAGCUUGGCUUUCAACAGAGAAAGAGCCAGCAAAGGGGGCAAAUCUGCUCAUCCUAAAGGCACCCAAGCUGAUGUGAAAGGGGACCCACGUGCGUUUCAUAGGUGCAGGCCAGAGUACCUCAGCAUGGCUCAUGAUAUCUCCCAGCGUCCGCCUGCCAUUCACUUCAGAGAGGCUUCAUUGUUGCUGCAUAAGGUAACUCUGAUGAAAGGAAAUAUGGAACCUUCAGAUAUUGCUCAUUUCCUUUGUGAACUGGGCCACCUGUCCCCCGAACAAACCCGGGUAGUCAGAGGGGAUACGCGGUUCUACAUGCUGUUGAGGUACAGCGUGGAAAGCCUGCAAAACUUUACCAACCAGCAGCUGCUACAGGUUUUGCGGGCCUUUGUGAGACUGGGAUUAUCCCACUCCCACAGCAUUCUGGGCUUGUAUGAAACUGAGUUUGGCCGCCGGGCCAGUAAAAUGGACCUCUACCAGUUGCUGCUCGUGGCAGAUCUGUGGCGGUGUCUUGGCCGUUCAGUGCCACAUUACCUGGAGAGACUGUGUGACUGUAUUAGCCAGAACUUUAGCCAGAUGGGUCCACCAGAACUGGUCCAGUUUCUGUAUAUACUGGGAGAAGGAAGACGAUGCCCUGCUCAUCUCGUUCAGCCUCUAGAAGGCAUUCUCAUGCGUCAUUUAGACAAGCUGAAGGCUGAAGAAGUAGGUGCUGUCUGCCUGGGUCUUUUUAAAUCCCAGAUUUCUCUCUCAGAGGAGGCAGUGCGCAGGGUUGUGGACCGGGCCUGUUCUGUACUUGAGCAAAUGAGUGACUUUGGCAUGGUGAAUGUCCUGAAACUUAUGCGUUUCAGCCAUCUGGACCACCUUCCGUGGUUGGAAGCUCUGGGCUUGGAGGUGCCUCGACGUGCUCCACAGAUGGGCGUCCAGGGCUUGAUGCAUGUUGCCUUGGCCUGCUCUGCGUUGCAUUACCAUGAUGACCGCAUUCUCCUGGCUGUUGCAGAACACCUGCCUCCUGUAGCCUCUCACUGCAGGAGCAAAGAUGCUGCCAAGCUUCUGUGGGCUUUCGGCACUCUGGGUGUCCUUCCAAACCAGUGCCCAGACUUGUACCCUUGCCUCACUGAAAUCCUGCGAGAACGGGAGGCCGAAUUUCAGCGCUUUCCUGAACAUCUCCUCACAGCCUUGCUUGGUUUGGCGUUUGCAGGUCAGUUCCCUACUGACCUUCUGAGAGUAGCUUUAAGCCCUGAGUUUGUUAGUGGAGCUAGCCGGUCACAGGAACUGGAACUGAAAAAGGACUUGUUCACUUUAGAUGGGACAGUGGGAAUGGAGCUGCCCAGUUGGACUGGGCCACGGUUGAGCUUAGUGGUCAGGGAAGAAGUAACAAAACAGCUAUGGGCAUUCGCCCAGUCGGAUGUGUGUCAGAAGCUAGAAGUUCUAGAAGCAGAAGCUGUCCUGCAGGAGCUGCUGGGAGGACAUGCUUUUGUGUGCAAGAGAAUGAUCCUACCGCAUAUGCGCUCUAUUGACCUUGAAGUGCACUUGGACCCCGAUGAACAACCUCUGCCUCUAACUUCUGAGCCUGGAGUUUAUAACAGACCUGCUCCAGAUGAGGAAUCAACCCCAACGGGUUGGGAAAGACACACUGGAGUGAUCCUGACGGACGACUUGUUGGCCCAGCUCACCAGUGCCAAAAAGAUCCCAGCUCAGCCAUCACCAAAGCCCUUCCAACAACCAGCCCUGUGUCCAGUGGAGCCUCAGGCCGAGAGGGAAGGCAUCCUCAGCGUGGGAGUUGACUUGACCGAUGGCCUCCUCCAUGCUCUGACAAAACCUGGGAGUCGUUCCCCCGCCCCAAGCCGGGCCACUUCCAAGCCGUCCGUUCUUCGGCUCGCGGUUCAGGUGACGAAUAGAAACCACUACUGUUACAGGACGCAGCAGUUGCUUGGGCUCCACGCGAUGAAGAGGAGACAGUUAGCGCUGGCUGGAUACAGAGUAGUGGAGCUGCCUCACUGGGAGUGGUUCCCGCUGCUCCGACGCUCACGUGCUGAGAAACUUGCUUACCUGCACUGCAAAAUUUUCAGUAGUUAAGACUGAGCAAAGAGGACAUGAUCUCCGACAUUCACUCAAGUCCAUUUCGUUAUUUGUGGACAUUAACAGAUUAGCUGUCAGUCAUUAUGUCCUAUGUCACACAGUUUUGACAAGCAUAUUAAAGGGGAAUUCCAACUGUU